UGCAGAUGGACAAUAUCAUCGAUUUGGAUAUAGUAGAGGAGCCUUCACUUUGUUUCAGUUCCCUUAAUACAUCAUGUUUGAAGACUGAUUAUCCUCUGGAAGUUCGGGUUUUGCUCUACAUCCUCUUUAGCACUUCUUCUCUUAUUACUGUGAUCGGAAACCUGCUUGUGAUCAUAACUGUUGUACAUUUCAGACAAUUACGCACAUCAACUAAUUACCUCAUUCUCUCUCUGGCUGUUGCUGACCUGCUUGUAGGAGGAAUAGUAAUGCCAGCCAGCAUGAUACGCUCUGUGGAAACUUGCUGGUAUUUAGGAAGCACCUUUUGUAAAAUACACAGCAGUUUGGAUGUUACCGUGUGCACUGCGUCCAUUUUAAACCUGUGUAUUAUUUCAUUAGAUCGAUAUUACGCUGUAUGUCAUCCGCUUCUGUAUCACAGUAAAAUGACUCCGACUACCAUUAGAUUCAUGAUCAUAGUGUGUUGGGGCAUUUCUGCAGUAAUUGGGUUCGGGAUGAUAUUUCUGGAACUCAAUAUUCUUGGAAAUGAAGAGUUUUAUUACAAUAACUUCCUUUGUGAGGGAGCAUGUAUGGUUUUUCAAACUAAAGCAGCAGCCACAGUGUUUCCUAUGUUUUGCUUUUACAUCCCUGCGGUAAUCAUGAUUUGUGUGUAUGUAAAAAUCCUCCGCACUGCACAAAGACAAGCUCGUGCAAUUCAAUCCACAACUGCACAGACAAAGACAGCCGAGGAAAAAGCCGGUAUGAGCAAGUCAGAAAGGAAGGCCACAAAAACAUUAGCCAUAAUUGUGGGAGUUUUUCUGACCUCCUGGGUGCCGUUUUUUAUCUGCAACUGCAUCGAUCCAUUUGCAGGAUAUUCAGUUCCUCCGAUUGUGUUUGAUGUUUUCCUUUGGGUCGGGUAUUUUAAUUCAACAUUUAAUCCAAUAGUGUAUGCCUUUUUCUACAGCUGGUUCAGACAUGCUUUCAGAGUCAUUUUGUCUGGGGGAAUAUUUCAGGCUAAUUCCUCACACACUCGAUUGUUUUGAUUGCUUAUUCCAAACUGAAACUGAACAUGCUCGGUUAAAAUUCCAUCAAGAUUUCUUUUAGGUGAAAUAAGUGUGUUUAAAAAUGAGUGGUGUUUGUAAACCUGAAUCCCAGAGGUGAUUUUAUUCACUGUUCCAUUCCCUUCCUCCUGUAUUUUCACCAUCACCUGUAUACACAUAUGCAAAGGGCUACUGGAGCUGCAUUUCUGUCAGUGUUGUUGCAUUGCU